AUGGAGGAUCUGGGCCAGUCGUCUGCUAGUGCGACCCGAUCUCCUGACAAGUCAUCAACCUUGAGCUCGGGACACGCCUCGCGGUCCCAAAGGACUGACAUCGACCCCUCCGCUACUAGACGGCCCCCGAUGUUCGACGAUGACGAUGACGAUGAGGACGAGGAAGAGGAAGACUUAGACGGUGUAGACCGGAGCCACACGCCAGGCCAGCUUGCUGCCAGGAGCAAUCUACCAGGCGAGCCACAACGCGGCAGCAAGGGAGCUGCCGAAUUGCCUCUUCGCCAACGGGCAAUCUCAGCUACGCACUCACAUCCGCCGCCCCCUCGCCCGGCCACAGCUCCCGGGCAGAGAAAACCGACAAGCUCCUCCAACAACGUCCCCGACAAUCCCCCUCCCCUCCCUCGCGAUGGCGAAGCAGAACAAAAGCCGGCAGCGGCACCAGCUGCAACUCCAUCGUCGAGAGCAACAUCCGCAGUGUCAGCUCGCCAAACGAGCACCAUCAUCUCUCGCCCGGUGUCCGGCAAACAUACCACUUUCCCCCCCUUGCCGAAACCCGACGAUGGGCCAGACGUCCAACCCGCCCCAGCAUCUGGCAUGUACUGGUCUAAAGCCCCGGUAUCUGGAUCACCACACUCGAACCUGCGAGCUCAUACGGUGACGCUCAUUGGCUCCAACGUAUACGUGUUUGGGGGCUGUGAUGCAAAGACGUGCUUCAAUGCCAUGUAUGUCCUCGACGCCGACUCCUUCUACUGGUCAGUGCCGCACAUGACGGGAGAUAUUCCAAUGCCCCUCCGAGCCAUGACUUGCACGGCGGUGGGGAAGAAGCUCGUGGUAUUUGGAGGCGGUGAUGGCCCAGCGUAUUACAACGAUGUCUAUGUACUUGAUACCGUCAAUUUCCGGUGGUCCAAGCCUCGCAUCGUGGGAGACAAGCUGCCCUCAAAACGUCGUGCCCACACGGCGUGUCUGUACAAGAAUGGCAUCUACAUCUUUGGCGGCGGUGACGGCGUGCGUGCUCUCAACGACAUAUGGCGGCUCGACGUCAGCGACACGACCAAAAUGUCAUGGAGGCUGAUAUCCAGUGCCGAGAAGCCGGUCCCUGGAUCCAGGGACAGGCGGCCCAAGGCUCGCGGCUACCACACGGCGAACAUGGUCGGCAGCAAGCUCAUCAUCUUUGGCGGGUCGGACGGCGGCGAGUGCUUCGACGACGUGUGGAUCUACGACGUGGAGAGGCACAUCUGGAAGCUCGUCAACAUCCCCAUGACGUUCCGCCGCCUCUCGCACACUGCCACCAUUGUGGGCUCGUACCUGUUCGUCAUCGGCGGCCACGACGGCCACGAGUACUGUAACGACGUGCUGCUGCUCAACCUGGUCACCAUGACGUGGGACCGCCGCAAGGCGUACGGCCUGCCGCCCAGCGGCCGCGGGUACCACGGCACCGUGCUGUACGACAGCAGGCUGCUCGUCGUGGGCGGCUUCGACGGCAGCGAUGUGUUUGGCGACGUUAUGCUUCUGGAGCUGGCGGUCCACGCGUAUUACUCGCAAAUCAGCCAUUUCACGAUUGAUGUAUGA